AUGAGCGAGGGUCAACAGGAUGAACCGUCAGACAUUGAGGCAGCGGAAACAGAAACAGAGAGUGAAGAGCAAUGUGCUGGCACAAAAGAUAAUACAAUAAUAGAAGACAAUACAACAAAGGUCGAAAGUGAAAACGUUAAUUUGCUAAAUGAAAAGUCAAUUCCUGCCAAAGAGGAUAAUCGUGAAAGUGUAACGGAAACAAGGGCUGUGGAAGACAAUGAUAAAACAUCAAAAUCGAGUGAAAAUGUUUGUGAUAAGAAUAAAGAAGAGCUUAAAAAAUUAGACAACAAUGAAACGAAAGAAACUGAAUACAAUGCAGCAUGUGAAACGACAGUAACGGAAAAUCAAGAGUCCAGCGGAAAAACGAACGAAAUUUCAGAUUCUGAAGUGACUGUAAAAGAAAAUCCAACAGAUGAGUGCAACGAAAAUUCUAAAAUAGCUACCGAUUCUAACAAAAUCUCACAAUCAAGUCCAAGUAAAGAAGUAACUUCAAAUCCUCAAAAAUCUACAGAUUCAACAAAGAAUUCACCAGACAAUAAAACAGCACAAGAAAAUCCUACAAGCGAAACUGCAAGUAAAACAUCUACAAAUCCCUCCAAAGAUGAUUACGCUGAGCAUGUUACCUACACCGAUGAUGGCAAUGCCAUAUAUACGGAUCCUGCAACAAAAUAUCAAUAUAAAUGGUGUACGAAAACCAAUAAUUGGAUUCCAGCGGAAUCACAAACUACCCCAACGGCUGACAAUCCCUAUGAAAAUGAACACUACAAAUGGUGUCAGGAAACACAGAAAUGGAUACCAAAACAGGUGCAGGUAACCGAAACCGACCAUUACAAAUGGGAUAGUGAGAAACAGCAAUGGAUACCCAAGAAUCCGGACAGCAAUUCCGCUCAGCAAUCCAAGGAUAUUGUUUAUGACAUUGACGAGGACGGACAACGUAUCUAUACGGACCGAGAUGGCACGGUGUACUUUUGGGAUGUGGAGAAAAAUGCUUGGUUCCCCAAAAUCGAUGAAGAUUUUAUGGCACGUUAUCAAAUGAAUUAUGGUUUUAUUGACAAUACCACACAGGCUGAAAAUGAAAAGAAACAACAAGAAAUAAAAGCUGCAGAAUUGAAAGAGAAAGAGUUACAAAAAAUGACUGAGGAGGCUAUGAAAAGUAGUGAGGACGCAGUUAAAGGUCCUGCAAAACGUAAAGCACAAGAGCCACCAAAAUGGUUUGAAAUUGAUCCUGAGCACAAUACAAAAGUUUAUGUUUCUAAUUUGCCCUUGGAUAUAACAAUGGAUGAAUUUGCCGAGCUUAUGGGUAAAUGUGGCAUGAUUAUGCGUGAUCCCCAGAGCCAGAAAUUAAAAUUGAAACUUUAUGCAGAAGCUGAUGGUCAGCUGAAGGGUGAUGGUUUAUGUGAUUACAUUAAGGUAAAUGUUUCAUUAAGCAUGAUAGAAUCGAUUUUUUUAUAUCCACCUCUAUUAGGUAUAGCCGAUCAUAAGUUAAAAGUGAGACAAGAGUCAUAA